AUGUCUCACGGUCUCAUGAACGAGGUGGUUGAUAGUUCAGGGAUGCACAGCACAAGCGCAACAGAAACAGCCUACAACGGCUCUCAAGGCCCUCGACCGUUUUCGUCACAUUCGGAUAACAUCAUCUUCUCCCCACAUCAAGAUACCUUCCCUUCCAUUCAGUCUCAUUCUACCCCUGACUUGCACCAUGGCUACUUGCCGAAGAGAAUCAUAUCACGCCUCAGUGAUAACGUUUACGCCAAUAAAAACGACCGUUCGAAUGUAUAG